CAAAGAGAGCUAAUGAUGAAAAAGUAUGAAAUGAAGGUGAUGAACAAAGAAAAUACCAAUUGGAGAAUUUGAAUUUGUAUUUAAUGGAUGGUGUAUUAAGGCACGCGAAGAAAUGGGUUUAUCAGAGUAGAAUAAAAUAAGAUUAGAAAAAUAGUUAAUAUAAGAAUAAAAAUUUUAUUUUUUUGAUGAUGAGAGUAAUUUGAU